AUGGAGCCAAUUCGUCUCGGCCUCAUAGGCUAUGGCUUUUCCGCCAAAUGCUUCCAUCUACCGUUCAUCAACGCGUGCCCGGACUUCAAAGUCGUCGCUUUCUUCCAACGAACAGAGGCACCGACGGAACCCAAGGGCGCAGAACCCGGUUCACAUUGCACGGUCGACUAUCCCGACGCCAAGCACUAUCGAACUGCAGACGACUUUUUUGCCGACAAGGACAUUGAUGUCGUGAUUGUUUGCAGCAAACAGGAUACGCAUGCAGAAUAUGCCGAGAAGGCUUUAAAUGCUGGGAAACACGUUGUUGUGGAGAAGCCCUUCACCAGGACGACAGAAGAGGCCGACCAUCUCAUCUCUCUGGCAAAGGACAAAGGCAAGAUCUUGACAGUCUUCCAAAACCGAAGAUGGGACAAUGACUUCCUAACUCUCCGACACCUGCUCGACAAAGACGCCUUUGGAACCAUCGAAGAAUGCGAGAUCCAUUACGACGUCGACUUCCCAUUUUGGAUGAGGGGCAUGAACAAGAAGGAGUACUCGCCGGGAGACGGCAUGACAUUUGGUCUAGGAAGCCACACCUUUGACCAAGCACUCCUGCUCUUUGGGCGGCCCAAGUCCGUGACGGGAUUUCUGCGCGUGCUUCGCGGCGUCGAGAGCGAGAUCGAGGACAGUUUCACGGCCAUCCUACAGUACGAUGCACCGCAGCAGGAUUUGCUGGUUACGGUGAAGACGAUGGUGGUCUCGACGAUGAAAGAUCAGUUGAAGUACUUCGUCAGAGGAACGAAAGGGUCGUUUGUCAAGCACGGCACAUGCAUCCAAGAAGAACAGAUCCUCUCUUCGCCGUCCAUGUCCCCGACGGACCCGGAUUUUGGCAGGGAGCCACCGCACCUGUACGGGCUGCUGACGACAAAGGGUGAGCCCGCGUUCGACCACGCGCACCAGAUCUACGAGCCCGACUUCAACCUCCACGUCGGCCGCUAUCCCACAAUCCCGGGCCACUGGCUGGGCUUCUACGAAAACCUCCGCGACGCCGUCCGUGGCAAGGCCGACAUUGCCGUCAGGCCCGAGCAGUCGAGGGACGGGAUCCGGCUGAUUGAGCUAGUCAGGAUGAGUAGUCAGAAGGGCGAGGCUGUCGAGUGGCAUUGA